GCGGGACGUGGUGGGGAGCGGUGUAGGCGGACAGCGCGGAGCCAGAGCUGUCCCCAGGGCAGACAGGCGCCUCUCUGCAAGCUGAGAGGGUGCAAGGGCUCUGGGCAAGCCGAGCUGCUCUCCGUGCCCAGCAGCUCUCUGUGCCUCUCCCUGCCAGCUCUUGUCCUGCUGUGCCGGAGCCUGUUGCCAUGACCCUCACCAAAGGCUCCUUCACCUACUCCAACGGGGAGGAGUACCGCGGCGAGUGGAAAGAAGGUCGCAGGCAUGGCAUCGGACAGCUGACGUUUGCUGAUGGCACUGCUUAUGUGGGGCACUUUGAGAACGGGCUCUUCCACGGCUGCGGCGUGCUCACCUUCUCCGAUGGCUCCAGGUACGAGGGGGAGUUUGUGCAGGGCAAGUUCAAUGGCGUUGGAGUCUUCACCCGCUGUGACAACAUGACCUUUGAGGGCGAGUUCAAAGGCGGGCGUGUGUACGGCUUCGGUCUCCUGACCUUCCCUGAUGGCUCGCACGGCGUGCCCCGCAAUGAGGGCUUCUUUGAGAACAACAAGCUGCUGCGGCGGGAGAAGUGCACGACCAUCAUCCAGAGGGCCCAGGGCGCCUCCAAGUCUGCCCACAGCCUGACAGCGUGAUGGUGCCCGCAUCCCUUCCCACCAGAGCAGGGACCCCCCUACUUGGGCACUGGCUGGCCCUGGAGAAGGGAUGUGGCACUACUGGGUGCCUCCCUGCCCUUCGUCCCCUCCAAGGUCCUCCUGCCAAACCCCUGCCACUGGAGAGGAUGGGAUCCUCCGCUCUCCACCCAAGUGCCCUGGGGCAGCCGUGGUGCCUUCUCUUUCUGGCUGUAGCCCUGGCACCUGCUGGAGCAGCAGAAGGACAGGGUGACAGGGGCUUGGGCCCUCUUCCCCCCAGGAAGACUGUGGACCUCUACAGCUGCUAGCCAGCUGCAGAGGAUGGAGCAGGGGGGUAGAAGUUGGUCCCUGACCCCACUGCCAGGGUGCCUUGGCUGGAAGCUGCUGACUGAACCACGUGCCCCCAGAGGGGCAGCUCCUGGCUCACUUUGUUGUCCUGGUCCUGGUGGCAGGGUGGGCACCCCGGGCAUGCCAUGGCCUGCACCCUCAGCUCUAGGUGACUGGCCAUCCCUCUGCAUGCCCAGGGCACAGUGACACUGUGUCCCCAAAGAACCCAGCCUGCUCUCAGGGCCAGCCAAUGGGCUGUGUUCCCCUCAUCCCUGUGCCAAUCCACCCAUCCACCCACUGCCUUGGGGACAUCAGCAGCAGCAUCCCCACCAAGAGCGACUGGGGAAUGCCCAGCCUGGCGCAUGUCUGCUGCACACUGGUGGAGAAUGGUAGCAAUGGUGAGCAAGGAGAAGGGUCAGCUGGAGCCUGGAAUGUGGGACAUGAGCAGGGCUGCGUGGGGUGCCAGGGCUGGAGCAGGAGGCCUGGGCAGAGCAGGGAUAGAGGUAUGGCGAAGGGGCAGGCAGGGGGCACACAGUUCUCCAUUUUGCCCCCCACAAGCAUGCUUCAUCUCCCCACUGCAUGCUCACCUUCACCCCUGCUGCGGUCUGGCUGGCUGUGGCACAGGGAUCCUGGCAGCCCUCACUGCCCAGUGCAGGGCUGCAGGGCCGUGCCCUCCCUGCCAGUCUCUGCCCGCACCGGGUCCCGUGCCUUGCUGUGCCUGCCUUGUGCUGCCACCUGCACGGGCCUCAGCUGAGUAAACCAUGUUGCCAAA